UCUCGACUAAUUUAACCUUAACAAUUUGGUCAUUUUUUAAAUUUAAAUUUGCAUCACAAUUAAAGGUAAAAAAACUAACUACCAAGUUUUGUUGAUUAUUUUUCUGGAUACUAUUCGUGGAUUACUAUUGCACUAAAAUUUAGGUUUGUUUUGACACAACAAUGCUACUUUUUAGUUGUCUCAGUAUGGAUAUAUUGCAAAUUCUUCUUUCCAUAAUUGUGACAUACUCAAUUCGUGUAACUCAUCUUCAUAUGCCGAGUACAAGAUAUCUUACCCAAUAUUACUUACAUUCCUUGGAUAAUGAACACUAAAUGACUUGGAGCAGCUCCAGCGGGAGGUAUUUCAUAAUAAGUCCGCCAUCAUGUCACCCCAAAAACUCAACUUUUUCUCAUUUCUUUGGCUGGAGUCCGCACAUCAAAUGAACGGAAAGGAAGCAUCUCAGAUUAAGAACAUUUUGGCACCUGGUGUUGCUGAUCAUCAUGGGCACUGGCUUAGCUGCAAGCUAGAUAUAAACAACUGCUCUUCUAAUCAGCUUGAUCCAAUGCAAGAUAAUGACUUGUCUAUCAUUCAUCUUAAAGGCAUGAAGUUCAUCUUAAAGGGCAUUAGGGUUCUUUCGCGGAACACUCCGAUACGAAGGCAUGAUUUCUAUUUGUUUCUACUAUUUUUCCGUCCAACUUCUUCCACAGUUUAAUAACAUUCUCUGAUACAUAUUUUUAUCUACAUUAGGCAAGGCAAUAUUUGGUGAGACAGUGGCAUUCUUUCAUACAUAAAUUAACUAAUCCAGGCUUUUUUGGGUCUGU